CUUUCGAUCUAGCACUAUUUUCAUUUAUCGCGAUCGAUUCGCUGAGGAAACAGAAAAAUAACGGUGAAAAAUGAGCUAAAUUAUCAUUACACGUUCCAUGUGUCAGCACCCUCGGAUAGGUUAAAAGUUACCUCUGCCGACCUACCAGGUCGGUUCCACAUUUGCAUUUGGUGGCGUCGCGUUAUAUAAAAAAUAAACUUUACGGAAAUUUCGGGAUCAGAGGGACUUUGGAGGACUCAGCACCAUACGCACAACUUCGUUUCACGGGAAAUUGUUGGUUAUGUAUCGCGCCGGAAACUUUCACGAUGUCGGAAACGCAAGUAGUUAACUUGGAUCACGAGCGUAGCAUGCCGAUGCCGCCAUCGGCCAUGGCUCCCGAGGGCUCGGCCUGCAAUUUAAAUGGCCGCGACACGCAGCAAGUGUCUCCGGGGGUCGUUGGACAACAGCAUCGGUUUACCCGCAGUCUGAUCUCCGUCGGGUCCAGCGUCUGCCGAAUAUGUCACACAAACACGGCGAAGGAACCGCUUAUUUCCCCUUGUAGGUGCAAGGGCACGCUGGCUUACGUGCACUUGUCCUGCCUAGAACGAUGGUUGAAUCAGUCGUGCCGAACGUACUGCGAAUUGUGCCGGUACUACUUCAAUGCCGUGGAGACGCCUCGUUAUCGAUGGCCAGAAUCUCUGAGGAUAUGGAUUAGCCAUCCGCGAAAUCGUAGGAAUAUAGAAUCAGACCUGCUCAUCUUAACAUUACUCACCAUUGUUACGGUGGGAUUAGCCGCGGUGUGCUUUUUGGGUAUGCGGUAUUUUAUCAUUGAGGGAAACAAGAUUGGAAUUUCCAAGCCCUGGACGCGAGGGGCGAUAUGGUUCUUUCUGACCAUCGUGAUAUUAGGUUAUGUCACCACAGUUUACCUACUCUGUAGGGACCAGGUGUCGCCGUGGUACAGGUGGUGGAAGAGCACCGUCAACGUCAGACUUGUCGUGGACCCUCAAUUGCUUCACCGACGACCCUCCGAUGAGUCCUCUCAGGAUCGCGAGACUCACGAUGGGUCGAGGGAGACGACGAUGUCUGCGGUCGAUACGUCAUAAAGCGAAUGUAUGCCGAUAAAAAGUGAAAGCAAGCCUGGCAGACAUAUAAAAAUAUAACUGUAAAAGUCCCAUGAUGUAAGUCACGAAUGAAAUAAACAUGAAUAUUACUU